AUGGAAACUGAUGAUCCGGUCGGUGGUAUCUUCUCCCAAGGUCUAGGAGUUAAAUGUGCUCAAGGUGUCGCAAAGGAUCUCUACCAAUGUGUUGGACGCAUUGUCGUUCCUGGAAUGAUUCUUUUUGUUCAAACCAGCUCCAACUCAGUUCGAUGGAACUUGGGAUCCGGAAUCGUACAAAUUCCCUCAAAGGAUACUGCUUCAGAAAAAACCAUCUAUAUGGUUAUACAAAAACUUAAAAAUACGCUAACCAAUCCCGGUCUACUUACAAAAUCCGCAUAUGCUAUUGGUCCACGCAAAUGCGCCGUAUUAGCGCUCGCGUUCACUGCUUUCGUGAAUUGUUUUUCCAUUACUGUCUAUUUGUUGAAGUCGAGUUACUUUGUCUUGUGUCUCUGUCUCCGGGGUUUAUUUAACUAUUUACUCUUUCAUUUCAUUCAGUUUGGCAUUCUUCGCCACACUUCCCCAAAGGACAUCAAGCAGGAAGAAAAAGAAUCUAGCUUAAAAUCCACCCAUUCUUCACCCCCGACUCAUCGUGCCUGGAUCGACGCCCUCCCUCUCUCCUCAGGCAGCGGUCUCACCAAGGUAGCCCCAGCUCUUCUGAGCAACACUCUUCAGUCCUUCCAUACCUCCCAGUUUUGUGUUGGCGACAGGGUUUUGGGUGUGGUCAAAAAGAAGAAUGGAGAUACCUUUUAUUUGGACAUUGGAUGUGCUUCUCCUGCGGCUCUCAACUGUCUCACAGGUUUUGAAGGAGCAUCGAAAAAAAAUCGACCGGAUAUUAGGCUUAAGGAUGUCAUUUUUGCGGCGAUUGCUCAAGCUGAUCCUGAUAUGGAGAUUGAGCUAACGUGCAUGAACGAGGCGGGCAAGGCCUCUGGCAUGGGAAUUCUUGGUCGACAUGAGCCAGGUUCAGUUGGCAACGCGGGGGGAAUGAAUCAGGGCGUGAUGAUUGGCUGCUCUUUACAACUUUGUCGACGACUUAGUGACACUGCCAACUUUCCACUAAUCGAGAAACUCAGCAAGCGCUUUGCAUUUGAGAUUUGCGUGGGUUGUAACGGAAGAAUUUGGCUGACAGCACGUUCAGCUCGUGAGACAAUGCUUUUGGCCAAUACUCUUGCGCUGGCCGACUAUGUCGCCCCGGAGGUUGCUCUUCAAUUUGCAGAAGAUAUUUUCUGA